CACAUGUAGACUUUGUACAGCACAAGCGACAAGCAACGGAGAGACAUCAGCGCGGAGGACAGUUCCAAACAGAGGCGCUCGCUUCAUCUGUGGAAAUUACAGAAGACAUUCCCGAACGCUCAUUUAACAAAACCGCAGUCGAUCUUUCCAGUGAUAACCAGAACAUCUGAAAAGGUGACGGCAACAGUGGAAAUACAAUCUGAAAACUCCAUUUGCUCCACUCUUUCGCAGCAGUGAGAAGUAUUCAUGCACGCGCUCCGUCUGUGAGUUUGUUGGACUGUGAGCGUUAUUUUUAUUGUCUACCGACAAAACAGCCUGCUAUACAUUUUUCAUUAACCACUCAACCAUUGCCUUUCAAAUAGACACAAUGGUGAACCCUGGAGGAAGUGCCCAGCCCCCACCUGUUGGAGCGGGAUCUCUGUCGUGGAAGCGCUGCGCGGGAUGUGGGGGAAAGAUCGCCGACCGUUUUCUCCUGUAUGCCAUGGACAGCUAUUGGCACAGCCGCUGUCUGAAAUGUUCCUGCUGCCAGGCCCAGCUCGGAGAGAUCGGCACAUCCUGCUACACCAAGAGUGGCAUGAUCCUAUGUAGAAACGACUACAUCAGGUUAUUUGGGAACAGUGGGGCGUGCAGUGCGUGUGGUCAGUCCAUCCCAGCCAGUGAACUGGUUAUGAGGGCACAGGGAAACGUGUACCAUCUCAAGUGUUUCACAUGUUCUACCUGCCGGAACCGGCUGGUCCCUGGUGACAGGUUUCACUACAUCAACGGCAGCUUGUUCUGCGAACACGACAGACCCACAGCACUCAUCAACGGCCAUUUGAGUUCACUGCAGACUAACCCUCUACUGCCUGACCAGAAAGUGUGUUAGGAUGCCGGUGUUGCUCAAAGCAGGAUGUGUGCCUUCAUUUCAGCCCCUCACUCAUUGUCACCCAAGACCUUUUCGGAUCAGACCCCAUCCCACUCCUUUUCUCAAAGUUCCGCUACUCCGAACCAGAGCGCCAAUCUCAGGCUUGAGCUCCACCUUGACCUGCAAUAGCCAGAGCCCCCCUUUCCUGCCCUUUACUCCAAACUCCUGAAUCAUGGAUGGAAAAUACCCAUGAGGCCCUGGAGGGGGAAUACUGAGGACUCUUAUGAACUGACCCAGGCGAGACCUCUGAUCCUGAGGGACUCAAAGACUGACACAGAGAGAGACCAGCUGGAGAGAAAAAAAAAAAAA